AUGCCUCCUGAGGUUCUGCCCCAAAGCGAUGGGGCGCGCGGGGUCGAAUGGCUACCUGUGGGCAAGUUCAAGCCCACAACCAUUGAUGUUGCAACGAUCCAAAAACGCUUCGAAGCGUUUGAUAUCGAGGUCGACUGGGGCGUCAUCAACAAGUUGCAGAAAUGUCGUAACCACCUGGAGCAUCUGCACCCUGCCAAUACAUUGGGUGAGGUGGCGGAUUUCGUAGCUGAGCUAUUCCCUGUGCUUCGAGACUUCAUUCAAACCCAGUUGCAGGAGCCACCGGCUGAAAUUCUGGCGGAGACCUGGCAAAUCAUGUUGCUGCAUCACAAAUUCUUUGUGGAUACGAGCAGGCAAUGCAAAGAGGCUUGGAGUGAUGCAGGGGUUCCAAAGGGGAUGGAGCCUUGGCUUGAUGAGUGCCAGUGCGAGGAGUGUGCCUCCUCCUUGCUAAUGCCUUCGCAAGACUCAUUGGACGUGGGAGAGCUGGUAGAGCACAACGAUGAUCGUUUCCGAUACACGUGUCAUGCGUGCGGCCACGGGGGGCUAAUUGGCCCGUUGAUGGUCGAAGCGCUUAACAAGGCCCAUGACUACGAUCCUCGCGAUGGAGAGGAACCCAGCGUCGAAAACUGCUAUCAAUGUGAUCACGGAACCUUUGUGAUCUAUGAGCAGGCAUGCCUCUGGUGCGCAGCUGAGCUUGAUUACACCGAGUGUUCGAUAUGUGAAGAAGGGUUAGGACAGGAGGAUCAGGACAAUGGAGGUCUUUGUUCGUAUCACGCCUAUACAUACGAAAAAGCCAUGCGUGAU